AGCACUGGGGUCACUGCAGCAGCGAUGCCAGAGACACAGCACACAGCAGACAUGACAUCAUGGAGCGAGGCAAACUUCGAGGAGAAGUGUACUUAUAUCGUCAAGGACCACCUUCUGGAGGAAGAGUCGGAAAAAAACAACGGCAACACACGAGCGGAGAGAUCUUUACCCAGAAACCUGGCACUGAAACGCUGCCACAACUCUGCAGAGGUGCUUGGAGUGACCAGUAAGGAGCUGAUUCCUAAGGGAACACGUUUCGGCCCUCUGGUGGGUGAAAGCUACACCAAUGAAACGCUGCUGAAAGACGCUGAUAGGAAGUACUUCUGGAGGGUCUUCUCGGACGGCCGUUUACACCACAUCCUGGAUGGUUUGAAGGAGGAGCGCAGCAACUGGAUGCGCUACGUCAACCCAGCCUGCACAGUGGAGGGGCAGAACCUGGUGGCCUGCCAGAGUGGGUUGGAGAUCUUCUUCUACACCAUCAAACCACUUCAGCCGGGCCAGGAGCUCCUGGUGUGGUACUGCUCAGAAUUCGCCCAGCGCUGCAACUACCCUCCACUAGGUCGACUGGCUAUUAACAGUAUUGAUCAGAGUCAAGCUCAGGAGAAGAUGACAGUGAAACGAGGACACAGCGUCUCUGAAAUCCUCCGAGAUGAGCCUUCCAAAUCCCUGACUGCCUGUCCCAGACGUCUGGAUAGUCCCUUGUCUCAGACUAACCACCCAGCAGUUUUCCCCCUGUGUCCCCGUGUCGUCUACCCACUCCAGCCCCACUCAGAAUCCAUCCACGGCCAUAGAUAUGCACCUCUGCCCUCCUGUAGCCCUCCAGCUGCCAAAAGACCAGCUCUAAGUAAUCCCGUUCCCUCCAGUUUGCACUUCAGCCUUCAGCACAGUCAGGCUCCUGUCAUAGCCAAACCUUUCCAGGAACCCAGUGUGCCGGAUCGAGUCCAUCCUGCUCUGAGGCACUCACCCUACCUACUGCCUCACUACUCACUCGGCCUUAACAGCAUUCUACCUCACGCGUACCCGCUCUACAGAGAUCGACUGAAACCUCACUAUCAUUCGCUGCCUUUUGACGGCUAUGCACGCUAUCUCCACCCUCUGGCCAACGGACACAAAGACUUGACACUUGCACGAUCCAACAACAACAAACAAGACCUCAUUCUUUCUCCAACCAGUGAGCACAGAGACAACAAAAACCUCAUAAUCCAAAGGACAAACUACCUCAGGAUCCCCUCAGAUGAUUUCAAACACUCUCCUCCCAGAAACGUUCACGCAGACCUCACUAUACCUGCAGCAUCCAGCGCCUCAUCUAUGGUCACCUCGCUCCGCAGAGCACUGCCCCUCUCGCCCGGAGGAUGCUCGCCACCAGUGGGAAUGGGCGCCUUUACAGACUGCCCCCCUUCCAAACCUACAUCUGCCACUCAGAGCAACACUGAGGAUGCAAUGGACCUCAGGAAGACCAAACAAGGCGGACAGGUGAUUGGGUACAAGACCCUGUCUUACCCCCUCACCAGGCAGAAUGGAAAGAUCCGGUAUGAUUGCAACGUCUGCGGGAAGGUCUUCGGCCAGCUGUCCAACCUCAAGGUCCAUCUGCGAGUGCACAGCGGGGAGCGUCCCUUCAGGUGUCAGACCUGUAAUAAGAACUUCACUCAGCUGGCCCACCUGCAGAAACACUACCUGGUUCACACUGGAGAGAAGCCUCAUGAAUGCAAGGUGUGCCAUAAGCGCUUCAGCAGCACCAGUAACCUGAAGACCCACCAGCGGCUCCACUCAGGUGAGAGGCCGUACCAGUGCAAGCUCUGCCCGGCUCGCUUCACCCAGUUCGUCCACCUCAAGCUCCACAAACGCCUCCACACCGGAGAGCGGCCUCACCGCUGCCCUUACUGCCCCUGCGCCUAUCUCCACUACUGCAGCCUGCAGGUGCACCUGCAGGGCUUCUGCCCUCUGGCCCCCUCAGCCUCCCACAGACACUCCUCCCUGGAGGAGCUGCACCGGGUCAACGCCGAGAUCGAGAGGUUCGACAUGAGCGAGACGGCGGAGCAGCUGGAGGCCAUGGCUGCCGGCCGACGAGAUGGACAAGGGGAACGUUAUCGACCUGAUAAAGAAGUUGGAGACCCGUACCUCUGAAGGAGGGCAGACUGAACUCAGCAUCUACAAACCAGCAAAGGAGCGUUCUGCUGUUCAGCUGCGUCACGGCAGCCCUCUACCUCUGCAUUCAACCAGCAUCAAGCUGGAGUCAGGCUGCAUAUCAGAGCCCUAAAACAGUCUUGCUA